AUGAAUAGUAAUAUUGAAGAUGAUCCAUGGUCAAGUGGAUGGAAUGAUGACAAUGACAAUAAUAAUAAUAAUAAUACCUCCAUCAAUGAUCCAUUAACAGGAGCAACUGCAACAACAACCCCUUAUCAAUCUUCAUAUUUAACAUCAUCACAAUUAUUUACUUCAACAGGUGGUGGUGGUAGUGGUAGUGGAGGUGGCUAUAAUAGUGGAGUUAAUACAUAUAAUACAACAAUUCCACCAAAUUUAAUUAAUGUACCAUCAUCUUAUGAAACAAUAUAUUCUCAUUUCAUAACCAAAUAUAACAAUAACAACAACAACAACAACUCAAAUUCAACUUUUACAUUGAAUGAUUUUGAAAUUAAUAUAAUUGAUAAAUUAAUUUCAUUAAAUUAUUUAACUAAUUAUCAAAAACAAAAAAUUUUAGAUAUAAUUUAUGAAAAUAAUUUAUUACCUAUUAAUCAAUCAUUUAAAUUUUAUCAAAUCUUGGGGUUAUUAGCAUUAGAAAUUGAUGUACCUGGGACUGGUGAUUAUGUUACUUUACAAUUUCGAUUGAAUAAUAAUUUACCCGAUUUGCCGGAAAAAUUCAUUAAUGAAAUAAUCAAUGAAGAAAAUGAACAGGAAGAACAAACAAGUGGAUUGCUUGGAAAUAGAAAUAGACUGAUUCAAUCACAUUCUCAUUUUGGUCCAAAUAAUCAAGAUGAUUGGAAUAUUGAUGAUUCUACAACCAUUAGUGGUGGCGGUGGUGGUGGUGGUGGGAAUUUUGGCGAUCCAUUAUUAGUUGAUCAUUCAUAUAUUCAUGAUGAUUUAAUUGAUGAAAGUAGAUCAGUAGGUGGCACUCAACCACAGCAAGGAGGAGGAGGAGGAAGUGGUGGUGGUAGUGGUAGUGGUAGUGGUACAAUUGCACCUAAUGUUGAUUCGUCAUAUAUUGAAAAAUAUAUUAAUGAUAUUAAAGAUCAAUUUAAACCAUUAUUUUCAGGUAUUGAUUUAAUUAAAAUUAAAGAAGUCCCCGAAAAAGAAGGAAUAAUAUUUAAACAUAUUAAUUAUAUGAUUACUCAUGAUUUAAAAAUUGGUGGUACUAGUUCUGGUACUAAAAAAGUCAUUCGAAGAUAUUCAGAUUUUGUAUGGUUAAUGGAAUAUUUAUUAGAAAAAUAUCCAUUUAGAGUGAUUCCAGGAUUACCUCCUAAAAAAUUCACAGGAGCUUCACCUGAUUCACAAUUUUUACAAAGACGUCGUCGAGGAUUACAUAGAUUUUUAAAUCAAUUAAUUAAACAUCCAAUAUUAAGUCAAGAACCAAUUGUUCAAUCAUUUCUUACUGUACCUACUGAUUUAACUACUUGGAAAAAACAAGCUAAAAUUGAUUCAUCAUUAGAAUUUAAAGGUCAAAAAAUCCAAACCGAUUUUAUUAAUGUGAUUUGGCCAAUUAUGGGGGAACCAUUUUUGAAAAAAUGGCGUCAAGCUGAGGAAAAUAUUCAAUUUAUAAUUGAUAAAUGGGUUAAAAUAAUUAUAUUAGUAGAAAGAUAUGAAAGACGUCAACAACAAAUUAGUUUUGAUAAUGGGAAAUUUGCUGAAAUGUUAAAUGGAUUUAGUAAAUUAAAUACCAAGAUUUAUCCUGAUAAUGAAGAUAAUAACAAUAGUACUAGAAAUGAUGUUAAUGUUAAUGUUGUUGUUGUUGAUAAUAAUGAAAAUUAUAAACAAGAUUUUGAUUUUAAUUCUUCAGGUGAUAUUAUUAAUAUUAAUCAAUGUUUAAAUUCCAUUGGAGAAUUUUUCAAUAAAUCAUCUCAAGUAUUAAUUGAUGAAAGUUAUAUUAUUAAUACUAAAACUUUAGAAAAGUUUAAAAAUUAUUUGGAUUAUUUGAAUUCAUUACAAGAAUUAUUUGAAAGAACUAAACAAUUAUCAAUUAAUCAAAUUGAUUUAUUAGAUAAACGUAUAAAAGAUCAAGAAAUUAAAUUUAAAAAAAUUAGUGAAGAAAAUCCUGAUAUCAAAGGUGGUGAAUUAAUUAAAUUAAGACAAUCAAUUAUAAAUGAUAAACAAGAAAUUUUUCAACAAUUAAAUAAAGAUUGGUUAAUUAAACAAUGUUGUUUACAAGAAUUUAUUAUUUUCCAAGAAACUCAAUUUUUAAUUACGGAACUUUGGGUUGAAUGGUGUAAAGAUCGUUUGAAAUGUCAAGAGAAAUUAGUUGGUUUAUAUGAUAAUUUAAAUCAAGAAAUUAUUCAUGAUAUGCCUCUAGAGAGAUGA